CGUUAACAGACAUUACUCAAGAAGAAGAAGCUGGCGGAAGUGACGCAAACAUUUUGAAUGUUUACCGCGCUGAAAGUCUUCAAACUGCAGUGUGUUUUAGUGCUUUAUAAUACAGGAGAGAAACUUAGUCAUUGUUCGUGAUUUGCGGACAUUUUUCCACAAGGCAUGAUGAAGAGACUGGACAGAGCUCAUGUUAAAGAUACAGCGAUUCCCACACAUCCUAAUUUAGCAUUUAAGAAAGUAAAUGUGAAGACUGACACUGAGAAUGUGGUCAGGAAGAACCCAGCAAAAAGUCUCAAAGGGCCCUCAACAAGAUACGGCCAUCAAAGUGAUGUUCUGGAACAAAAUCGUCUUCUGAUGGUAGUGAAUGAAGAUCUACAGAAGCAGAUCGCAGAGUUGAAGGAAAAUGUGUCUGUAUUAGAAGAACGCUGCAGUGAUCUACAAGAAACCAACACUGAAAUUAAAAAACAGCUCGGUGGCUGUCAUGAACUUCUUAUUGCAGAGAACCUUGAUCCAGUUUCAGGGGGAAAAGUUUGUGAAGCAGCAGAUCAGAGAGCAGGACAAAGAAAAGAACUCAUGACCAUUUCCCAAAAACUUUUAUCUGAGCUGAAAUUGUUUGAUGAUUUUACCAAAGAUCACCGAGCACAUUUAACAGAGGUGCAGAACACCAUGAGAAGUCUUCAAGGAGCCCGAGAACAGCUUCACACGGAAAGGGAAGGGUUCAGUGUGUAUGUGGAGGACAUGGAGAGGGCAUUAGAGGAUGCAGAGAAGCUGCUGCUCCAGUAACAAUGCAGGAUUUUAUUUCAUUUAUUCAGUUGAAUCAAUUUAUUUCACGAAUAAAGACAUUGUAUUGGC